GGCUUGUUGAAGAUCAGGUCCUGCAAAUCACCCUAGGAUGUCCUGUAGUGAGCAGCAGUGCAAACAGCCAUGCGUGCCUCCUCCAUGUCUUCAAAAGACCCAAGAGCAGUGCCAGGCAAAGGCUGAGGAGGUGUGCCUCUCCCCGUGCCAGGACCCCUGCCAAGAGGAGAGCCCAGUGCAAGUUCUAGAGGUGCAUCUUCCUCAGUGCCAGGAGUUAAACCAAGAAAACUUCCCACAGCAAGGCCAAGACCCAUGCCUACCUCUAGGUCAAGACCAAAGCCCACCUCAGUGUGUGGAGUCGUGCCAGGAGCUAUCUCAGACAAAAUGUGUGGAGAUUUGCCCACAGAAAGUCCAGGAGAAGUGCUUACCCCCUGGCAAGGGAAAGUAGCUGCUCAUAAUGCCAUUUCGGGGUCAAGAAGAGGACCCUAGCCCAACCCCAGCCCAUGCCAUGGUGACCUUCUCCCGUGGGUCCCUCUGUGUGCACCCUGCUCUUGCCUCCUGGCUUCCUCAGUAUUCCAGGACUUGGUCUGUGUCUCUGAAGACAGUUCUCUCUGUAUUUUCUCAACCUCUGUGAAUAAGUAUUGUUGUCAGCAAUCUAUUAGAAGGUCUCAGCUGUAGGAAUGUUGUGGUUAUCAGGGGAGACCACAUAAGCCUAGUUCAGCUCCCUUGGGGCAAAAAUUCACCCAGCCCUGGGUGUGUAACAGCCCAGGAUGCCUCCAUCCAUCUUUCAGAGUGUCGACCUCUCACUUGAGCCUCAAAACAAACUGAAUUUUGGUGGACUUUGCUUGGAUCACCACCGCCAUGGGUGUGGAGAAGAAGUCGGUGGUGCUGCGAAAAUCAAAAACUGCUUCAUUUCGUCUCUGCAUCCCAAAAAAAGAGCAGAAAAUUAUAGGAUGUUGGGAUGUUGGUUGUGCUUUUAAAAAUGGAAGUAAAAGAAAUGUAAAUGACUGAUUCCAAACAGCCAAUAAGGAAAGAUGAGAUGAGAUGUUUGGGGUCCUGGUGGUUGAUCUUUGUGCUUCAUUGCUGACCUGCUUUAAGCCCUGAGUUUCCACCAUGUAUACUCUUUAGAGAUGUGAUUCGCGACUGUGUGGUGCAGGCUGGUCUGUUCUCC